CACAGAAGAACUCGGGCUGAGUUUGGUUUGUUCAGUCUUCUGCUGAUAAAAACUCGUUGAGCUGCUGGCACACACUCACCCAGCUACCGCAUUUUUGUGGUCAGAGACGUUUAACAGCGUCACUUACGGAAACAAAGACCUUCGGACUAUGGAAGUGCUUCAGGACGAGCAGAAACUGUGGUGAUGCGUCGUGUACGUCCACCGAUGGAGAAGCUCUGACGGUGACAAAGGAAUUUCAACCGGUGGGAAAGUCCUCUCCCUUCCUCCCUUAAAGGCUGCACUGAUGUUUUCGCUGGGUCAAGAAAACAUCCCCACCUCCCCUGCGUCCACCAAAGGACCGGUCAAAUAUGGAGAGCUCAUUGUGCUGGGGUGUAAUGGGUCUCUGCCCAACGGGGACAAGGGGAGGCGGAAAAGUCGCUUCGCUCUGUGUCGCAGAAACAAGGCCAACGGUGUGAAACCCAGCACUGUCCACACGUCCUGCACGCCUCAGGCUGCCAAGGCUAUCAGCAACAAGGAGCAACACAGUAUAUCAUACACUCUGUCUCGGGCGCAGACGGUGGUGGUGGAGUAUACUCAUGACAGCACCACAGACAUGUUCCAGAUUGGCCGUUCUACAGAGAAUCCCAUUGACUUUGUGGUGACAGACACGAUGCCUGGUGGUCAGAGCCCCACCGACGGUCAGACCAUUCAGAGCACCAUCUCACGCUUCGCCUGCCGCAUCAUCUGCCAAAGAACCCCUCCUUAUUCUGCACGGAUCUACGCCGCGGGUUUUGACUCCUCCAAGAACAUCUUCCUCGGGGAAAAGGCAGCCAAGUGGAGGAUGCAGGACGGUCAGAUGGAUGCACUGACCACAAACGGUGUCCUGGUGAUGCAUCCUCGCCACGGCUUCAGCCAGGACUCAAAACCUGGUUUGUGGAGGGAAAUCUCAGUGUGUGGAAAUGUGUUCACGCUCCGAGAAACCAGAUCAGCUCAGCAGAGAGGCAAGAUGGUGGACUCUGAGUCCAACGAGCUGGUGGACGGCUCUCUCAUUGACCUGUGUGGUGCCACCCUGCUGUGGCGGACGGCUGAGGGUCUGGCGCUCACCCCCACCGUCAAACACCUGGAGGCGCUGCGGCAGGAGCUGAACGCCGGUCGGCCACAGUGCCCCGUGGGCUUCAACACGCUGGCUUUUCCCAGCUUGCGCCGCAAGGACACCCUGGAUGAAAAGCAGCCCUGGGCCUACAUGCGCUGUGGCCACGUGCACGGCUACCACGGCUGGGGAGGGCGGCGGGAGCCAGAGGUGGAAGCGGAGUGUCAGGAGAGGGAGUGCCCCAUGUGCCGGGCGAGGGGCCCCUAUGUGCCGCUGUGGCUCGGCUGUGAGGCGGGCUUCUAUGUGGAUGCGGAGCCUCCAACCCACGCCUUCGUCCCCUGCGGUCACGUGUGCUCAGAGAAGACGACGGCGUACUGGAGCCAGAUCCCGCUGCCACACGGAACACAUGCCUUCCACGCCGCCUGUCCAUUCUGCAUCCAGCCGCUGAGCGGAGAGACCGGUGCCGUCAGACUCAUCUUCCAAAGCCCACUGGACUGAAAACCACUCUGACUCUGUAUCUAAAGCCUUAACCAACAGAAGAAUAUGCAGGUUGGGAGUUUUCAUAACUCAGUUUUGGCCAAUCUAAGUGCGUUUAUCGGGUUGAUUCCCGCCUUUAUUUUGAGUAUCACAUAUGGUUCAGGCAGUCUUGUCCUUCAAAGAGGUGAAGUUCUUCCGUGGACACAGGCUGAGCCUUACACUUUCUUAUUUAUUCUUUUACCUCUUCAGUAAUGUUGUUUUGUAAGUGCAGAAUUUAACAGCUGUAAUGUUUCUCUACAGCUGACUACUGCCUCACACUGCCUUCUAAAGCGCUGUUAGAGUCUGGGAGCGAGGCUUUUACAAGUUAAUGAAUGCCUCUAACACUCAAGCCCUUACCUAACAAGUUCACACAAUGCUGAUUAAACUCAUCAACACCAGGCAAAUCUCUCUCUAAACUGGUUUCUGUGACAACAUUUCACUGCUGUCAUGCUGGUAGUGACUCCUGUAGUUUUUUUACAUCACUGAGCAAUAACUGGUUUGUCAGACCUGAGGAGGAAGAAACAGAAUAGACCACAUGUGGGAAAAGCCAGGCAGAGUCCAUUAAAAAUAUCUGAUGCCUCAAAUAAAAAGAAACGUUUCCUUAUUGUCUUCACCAGAAAGUGAUCAACAGUAGUCUUUGUGUGAUUAUCCUGACUGCCUGAAGGGGAGGCUAAAGUUCUGCUCUGCAGGUCUGCCACUAACGCAUGGUUUUAACUUUGGUUUAUGAGUGUUUGUGUCCCUGUGUCGCCCAAAUGCUACUUUGGAAGAUUUUCUCUGGGAAACACUGGAAUUUUAUGCAGGCAAGUAUAACUCAAAUAUUAAAUUACAGCUCAAAUGUCGGGGUUAAUUUUUUUUUCAUUUUUCUGUGAAGUGACCUUCUUCCUAAUGUUGUUUGAAUACAGAAUAAUCGUACGUUCAUAAUCAUGAUCCUAAUGCAAGCUCUGCACCAGGGCCUCACAGAUGAAUCUGGGAAAUGUUUUAAGCUGCUGUCUUGUGACUUGAAACACAUCUACACUUAAUAUUUGUUUUUUUCCAGCAAUAUAAAAUGUACUGCAGACAUGAAUGACUUCAAAUCAGUGAUUCUCAUUUACUGUACAAGCAAUAAAAACUGAAUAAACACUGUCCAAUAUCUUAAAAAUGUCAUUCUAUAGUGAGAUACCUCAACAGCUUUGUUCUGACCUUUACAACAGCGCCACCAUGAGGCCAAAUGUCCCACUUUAAUAUUAUAAUGCUCUUUCCUUAAAAAUGUCCUGGUCAAAUGCUGCCAUAAGAAAGAACUGUUUUGAUUUGGAUGACAGGACUUCUUGUAGCUGCAAUUUGUUCCUUUUCAGCACCCUUUUUUAACAAGGUUUUUAAAAGUAUCUAAGUAUGCUGACCUUGACUUUGAGACAAAGUGAGCUGCAAACACUUGAUGCCUUCAUGAGAUGAAACCUGCAGGAGGAGGAGAAAUGUCACGAAAGUAUCAGAACAGAUGUAGACCAGCUCACUGACUCCCACUGACUCAUUUACUGCGUAUCAGUGUUCAUUCCCCGUUAUUUUGUGUCCACUCUGUUCGUCUUGUUUCUCGCUUCUAUGCAGUCAUGCUACGCUGACUGUUUUUCUACCAGCUGAAAUAAAAACACUGCUGAUUUUUG